AUCAAAACAAAAACCCUACACAUAUAUGAUAUAUUCUUCUUCAAUUCCUUUACAAAACCCACAGUACUGUCUCCCUUUCCACAAACAUUAUCGGUUUUUUCUCUUGCAGAAACUACCAAACACUCAAAAACAACAUAAAACAGUAGGUAAUUAUGGAACCCCACAACCGCAAGUUACUCGCCCAGUCGCCGUCCGGACAAAGCUCGAAGUUGGAGCCGAGCCCACUGCCAGACCAGCUCUCAGUGAUUACCGCGCUGCUCAUCGUCCUCGUUGCGCUUUUCCUCAUGGGCUUCCUCUACAUCUGCUUGCGUUGCUUCUGCGCAAACUCUGCCGCGGAGUCACCUAGUCGCCGACGUCAACGUGGCUUGCUAAGAACAACGUCUUCUCUACCGUCGGAUCUUCCACCCAGGUCGAACCUGCGCAAAGGAGUGGACCCGGUGACGAUUCGGGCUCUGCCGGUCUACUCUUACUGUGGGGACGCGAAGUACCAGAUCGACUGCGCGAUUUGUCUCAGCGAGUUCGAGGAGAAAGAGGCGGUGAAGGUGAUACCCUUUUGUAAGCACGUGUUUCACCCCGAGUGCAUUGACAUGUGGCUGUCGUCCCAAGUGACGUGCCCGGUGUGCCGUGCCACUCGGUUUUCCGAUGAGGUGGAGGAGGGGUCUGGAAGAUCGACAGCCGAAGACCAUGACUCGUGUAUAGAGGUGACGGUGGUGGGAGUCAUGGGAUCGUUUAGUUUUGGCAUGAGGAGGAAUAGUAGUUGUUCAAAUUUAGGAGCUCGAGCUGUGUUGCAAAGAACCUCGAGUUUCUGAUACAACUUUUAAUAUUAGACGGACAUAAAUUAAACUCAUUAAUUAGCAAUUAAUCUUCCCAUA